UCAGCGUAAUCGGUAACGACUGAUAGUGACGAGUGUUUGUGUUGUUCGCUUGGUUCGCUUCCCUGUUGUGUUCGUGUUUAUUCUAUUACUUUUUUAUUCUUGUGCGUUAUGUGGUAGUUAGCAAUGAUUGCUUCAAAAUUGCCAGGAUUCGCUGGGGCUUUAAAAUCCCAAUGGUCUACUCCAGUACUAACUGGUCGGCAUCAGAGGAUUGUACCAGUUCGUUAUAAUUUUCACAGGUAUAGUCAAGAAACGAAGCCCUAUUAUGAUAUUGCUGUGAUUGGGGGUGGUAUUGUUGGCUCAGCGUCAGCUAGAGAACUUUUACUUAGGCACCCUUGUCUUAAAAUUGCCCUAGUAGAAAAAGAAAACCGUUUUGCAUUCCAUCAAAGUGGCAAUAAUAGUGGUGUAAUCCAUGCAGGAAUCUACUAUAAACCUGGCUCAUUGAAAGCAAAGCUAUGUGUUGAGGGUUUAAAUCUAUCAUAUAAAUAUUUGGAUGAGAAAGGUAUAAAAUAUUCCAAGUGUGGUAAAUUGAUUGUUGCUACAGAUAGAUCGGAAGUUUCACGACUUCUAGAAUUAUAUGAACGUGGGUUGAAAAAUGGUGUCAAAGAUAUUAAAAUGUUAGAUGCAAAAGAAAUAAAGGAAAUGGAACCCCACUGUAAUGGUUUGCAAGCAUUGUGGUCUCCACACACUGGCAUUGUUGAUUGGGGAGAAGUGACAAACUCCUAUGUAAGUGACUUUGAAAAAUGUGGUGGGAAGACAUAUCUUAACUUUGAAGUCAACAGGUUUACGGAAGGUGAAAAUUCAGAGUAUCCUGUUACCAUAACAGACAGUAGGGCUCAUACAAUAAAGGCUAAAUAUGUACUAACAUGCUGUGGAUUGCACUCAGAUACUGUUGCUGUUUUAACUGGGUGUCCUGAGGAGCCUAAAAUUAUACCUUUUAGGGGUGAAUACUUAUAUUUGGUUCCAGAAAAAAGUCAUCUCACCAAAGCUAACAUAUAUCCAGUUCCAGAUCCAAGAUUUCCAUUUUUAGGUGUCCAUGUAACACCACGAAUAGAUGGACGUGUUAUUUUAGGUCCUAAUGCAAUAUUAGCAUUUUGUAAAGAAGGUUACAGAUGGGGCGAUGUUAACAUGAAGGAGCUUACAGAUAUUUUAACAUUUUCCGGAUUCCGAAAAAUGGCAACCAAAUAUGCUGGCUUUGGAUUAAAGGAAAUGACUAGAUCAGUUGUAAUGCCAUUACAAGUAAUGCAAAUACAGAAAUAUAUUCAGGAAAUUACAACCAGAGAUGUUGAAAAGGGACCUGCAGGAGUAAGGGCACAGGCCAUGGGGAAAGAUGGUACCUUAAUAGAAGACUUUGUGUUUGAUUCUAAACCAGGAUCAGGUGCCAUAGGCAGUAGAGUAUUACACUGCAGAAAUGCACCAUCCCCAGGGGCAACAUCAUCAUUGGCCAUUGCCAAAAUGAUAGCAGACAAGAUAAAAGAUGAGUUCAAGCUCUAAUAGUUUUUAUUGUGGUUUGUUACCGUUAUUGCUAAUUGACAAUUUACUGUUUUAUCUAAGAAUAGCUCAUCUAUUUUAAUAAUGUGAUCUUUUAUAUUUUUACAUGAUAUCUAAAG